AUGGAUAACUCCAACCAUUCCACCAUUCGCGAGGAAUCCGACGGCAAGACAUACGAGGCAAUCCACCCAGAGGGACAGCAUGUGAAGCAUGACAACGAUAGUGUCCGCACAGCUUCAGUCGACAACGACGCAGCGCCAAACACACAACAAUUUAAUGAGAAGGGCUUCGUCGAUGUCCAAGGAGGAGUUAAUGUGCACAGGGCUGAGCAAGACUUUGCAGAGCUCUCCAAGGAGCUGUCGCGCACAAGCCAGGUCUCGCGCAGAUUGGAUCGCGUACAGAGUCGGCACAGCCGUAAAGAUCAAGCCGUCACAGAUGUUGAAAAGAGUGCUAUUGCAUCAUCAGACGCCUCCUCGGACGAGCCUUUCGACCUCGAGAAGACAUUGCGAGGCGGCCAAGAAGACCAGGAGGCUGCUGGAAUCAAGUCGAAGCGUAUUGGCGUUGUCUGGGACAAUUUGACUGUUUCUGGUAUUGGUGGUGUAAAGAACUAUGCAAAAACUUUCCCUGACGCCUUCGUAUCGUUCUUUAAUGUUUUCGAGACCGUCGCAAGCCUGCUUGGAAAAGGCAAGAAAGGAAAGGAAUUUGACAUUCUCAAAGACUUCAAGGGUGUGGUGAAGCCGGGCGAGAUGGUCCUGGUCCUCGGCAGGCCUGGAAGCGGAUGCACUUCAUUCUUGAAAGUCAUCAGCAACCAGCGCUAUGGAUACACCAAGGUGGACGGAAACGUACUCUACGGUCCUUUCGAUGCAGAUUUCUUCGAGAAGCGAUACCGUGGAGAGGCUGUGUACUGCGAGGAGGAUGUCGGUCAGACGCUAGAUUUUGCGCUCGAAACCAAGGUUCCUGGCAAGCGACCUGCGGGGCUUUCCCGUAAGGACUUCAAGGUGAAGGUCAUCGACCUGAUGUUGAAGAUGUUCAACAUUGAGCAUACCAGGAACACGAUUGUCGGCAACCCAUUCGUCCGCGGAGUAUCUGGAGGAGAGCGCAAGCGAGUGUCGAUUGCCGAGACUAUGAUUACUGGCGCAUCUCUCAUGUCUUGGGACAACUCAACCAGGGGUCUUGAUGCUUCGACUGCGGUGGACUACGCUCGUUCGCUGAGGGUUUUGACCAACAUUUACAAGACCACUACUUUUGUUUCUCUGUACCAGGCUUCCGAAAACAUCUACAAUUGCUUUGACAAGGUCCUAGUCAUCGACAGCGGACGACAGGUGUACUUCGGCCCUGCCAAGACCGCGCGUGCCUACUUCGAGGGUCUCGGUUUUCUCGAGAAGCCCCGUCAAACCACUCCUGACUACCUCACUGGAUGCACAGACCCCUUUGAGAGAGAGUUCAGGCCUGGUAUGACCGAGAAGGACGUUCCUUCGACACCCGAAGCACUUGCCGAAGCCUUCAACAAAUCUGAACACGCUGCGCAACUGGCUACUGAGAUGGAAGAAUACCGGGCUCGCAUGGCAGAGGAGAAGCACGUGUACGACGACUUCCAGACCGCCGUAGCGGAGAGCAAGCGCCACGCGCCCAAAAAAUCCGUCUACUCGAUACCCUUCUACCUACAAGUUUGGGCUCUUGCUAAACGCCAAUUCCUCCUGAAAUGGCAGGACAAAUUUGGUCUCGGUGUCUCCUGGUUCACUUCGCUCGUCAUUGCCAUCAUCACUGGUACCGUGUGGCUCAACCUCCCCAAGACCAGCGAUGGCGCUUUCACCCGUGGUGGUGUGCUCUUCAUUGCCCUCCUGUUCAACGCUUUCCAGGCCUUCUCUGAACUUGCUUCGACCAUGUUGGGCCGACCGAUUGUCAAUAAGCAUCGUGCGUUUUCGUUUCAUCGACCUUCCGCCCUGUGGAUCGCCCAGAUCGGUGUCGACCUGCUGUUCUCAUCCGCUCAAAUCCUGGUAUUCUCCAUCAUCGUCUACUUCAUGACGAACCUCUUCCGAGAUGCUGGAGCAUUCUUCAUUUUCUACCUGAUGAUUGUCACAGGCUACUUGGCCAUGACGUUGUUUUUCCGAACAGUAGGUUGUCUGUGCCCAGAUUUCGACGUUGCCAUCCGUCUCGCUGCUACUAUCAUCACACUCUUCGUUCUCACUUCGGGUUAUAUCAUUCAAUGGCAGUCCGAACAGGUUUGGCUGCGAUGGAUUUUCUACAUCAACGCGCUAGGUCUCGGCUUCUCGGCACUGAUGAUGAACGAAUUCAAACGCCUGACCCUGACAUGCGCCGGUACCUCUUUGAUUCCAUAUGGUCCCGGAUACAAUGACAUCAACGCACAAGUCUGUACUCUGCCCGGUAGCCGCGCAGGAUCAAUUGAAGUAUCAGGUACCGACUAUAUCAAAACCUCGUUCACGUACGACUCCAACGACUUGUGGAGAAAUUGGGGCAUCAUGAUCGUUCUCAUCGUCGCUUUCCUCCUCGCCAACGCCUUCCUUGGUGAAUUCGUCAAAUGGGGUGCUGGUGGCCGUACCGUUACCUUUUUCAUCAAGGAGACCAAGGAGCUUAAGGAACUAAAUGAGAAGCUCCGCGAAAAGCGUGAUAGGCGUAACUUGAAGGAAGAGCGGACCGAAGACAGCUCAGACCUCAACAUUACUUCCAAGGCUGUCCUUACAUGGGAAGAUCUCUGCUAUGACGUACCUGUCCCUUCUGGAGAGCUGCGAUUGCUGAAAAACAUCUUCGGCUAUGUCAAACCUGGCCAACUUACCGCGCUCAUGGGUGCUUCUGGUGCUGGAAAGACUACGCUUCUCGAUGUGUUGGCCAACCGCAAGAACAUUGGUGUCAUCUCUGGUGACAAGCUUGUGGAUGGAAAGACCCCAGGAAUUGCUUUCCAGCGUGGAACUGCCUAUGCCGAGCAACUCGAUGUUCACGAGCCUGCCACAACUGUCCGCGAAGCGCUGCGCUUCUCUGCUGAUUUGCGUCAACCGUAUGAGACCCCUCAGGCCGAAAAGUACGCUUACGUCGAGGAGGUCAUCUCUUUGUUGGAGAUGGAGGAUAUCGCGGAUGCCAUCAUUGGUGACCCAGAGACCGGUCUCGCCGUCGAACAGCGCAAACGUGUAACCAUCGGUGUCGAGCUUGCCGCCAAGCCUGAACUACUCCUCUUCCUGGACGAACCUACUUCUGGUCUCGACUCCCAGAGUGCCUUCAACAUCGUGCGUUUCCUCCGCAAGCUUGCUGCUGCUGGCCAAGCCAUUCUGUGCACUAUCCAUCAACCGAACUCCGCCCUUUUCGAGAACUUCGACCGCCUACUGCUUCUUCAGCGUGGUGGAACUUGCGUCUACUUUGGUGAAAUUGGCAAAGAUGCGCAUGUGCUUCUGGAUUACUUCCGCAGGAACGGUGCUGACUGCCCUCCAUCUGCCAACCCCGCUGAGUGGAUGCUGGACGCCAUAGGUGCUGGUUCUAGCCACCGUAUCGGAGACAAGGACUGGGCAGACAUCUUCCGGGACUCACCAGAGUUUGCUGAAGUCAAGCGCGAAAUCGCCGCGAUCAAGGAGCAGCGUGCCGCCGACGUGUCAUCGGCCGCAGAUGUCAUGCAGAAGGAAUACGCUACUCCAAUGUCCUUCCAGAUAAAGCAAGUCGUCAACCGCCAGAACCUCAGUUUCUGGAGGACUCCCAACUACGGCUUCACUCGCUUGUUCAACCAUGUCAUCAUCGCUCUACUUACCGGUCUCAUGUACUUGCAGCUCGACGACUCUCGCUCUUCGCUCCAGUACCGUGUUUUCAUCAUCUUUCAGGUCACCGUUCUCCCGGCCCUCAUUCUCGCUCAAGUCGAGCCCAAGUAUGCGAUUGCCCGUAUGAUCAGUUUCCGGGAGCAGAUGAGCAAGGCGUACAAGACAUUCCCCUUUGCGCUGUCCAUGGUCAUCGCCGAGAUGCCCAUACAGCAUCGAUACCAAUUCUUCAUCGUCCUCAUCACCGAGGUUUUCUCCGUCACGCUCGGCCAGGCUGUUGCGGCAUUGACACCCACGCCCUUCAUUGCCUCAUACGUCAACCCCUUCAUCAUCAUCAUCUUUGCCCUCUUCUGUGGUGUUACGAUUCCCAAGCCCCUAAUCCCCAAAUUCUGGCGCGUCUGGCUCUACGAGCUCAACCCCUUCACACGCCUGAUCGGCGGCAUGGUCGUGACCGAACUGCACGGCCGCAAAGUCGAAUGCACGCCCGGCGAAUACCAGCAAUUCCGCGCGCCCGAUGGCCAGAAUUGCGGUGAAUACAUGGCGGAUUUCUUCAGCAGCGGCGCGCCGGGCUACAUCCUGGACAACGCGACCAACGUAUGCAGGUACUGCGCGUACAAGGUCGGCGACGAGUUUUUCGAGCCGCUCGGGUUUUCGUUUAGCAAUCGAUGGAGAGAUUUGGGCAUUUUUGCUGCGUUUAUUGCGAGCAAUCUGGCCAUUUUGUUCUUGGCGGCAAGGUUUUUGAACUUUAACAGGCGAUGA